AUGAAUAACACUCCGCUGUCAGUUUGUGAAUCAGAUGGCAAACACCGUUGUUAUUGAAGCAGAUUAAAGGAACUGUAAGGGAAAGUCUCCGUCUCAUGCUCAAGACCAAGAUAAAUACCAUCGAUGAGGAGUGUCAAUCAACAGAAAUCACCUGAGCUGAUGAGAAAAACAUGGAGCAGAUAAUUGUUGCUGAUAAAACGGACGACGUUCCUCGAGAGUUAGUUCCCUCUAUUCAGUCCGCGCUUCAUCAUUACCAACCGAGCUACACCGCUAAGAGUGGAGGCAAUGUGGUCGCUCCCUACAUCAUUGGUUCCAGCAUUCAGACCUUAAACAUCAGUAUCUCAACGAGCCAAGGGUCUAUCGUUUCAUCAAAAGAAGCAUUGAACCAUGACCCUGCAGACAGCUGUGGUGCCCUGCAGCCCCAAAACGAUAAGGUUGCACAAUGUCAAGAGCAACUAAAGACUACUCUGAAGAGGAAGUUCAGCCACUUGCUGGAGGGGAUGACGACGGAGGCAACCAGGAUCUCUCUCAAUAAGAUCUACACAGAGCUCUACAUCACCGAGGGAGGAAGCGGAGAGGUCAACAAGGAGCAUGAGGUGAGGCAGAUUGAGACGGUGUCCAAGAUACACGUGGACCAGGAGAAAUCCAUCCACUGCAAUCACCUCUUCGAUCCUCCACCUGGACGAGACCGGCAAAUAAGAACUGUGAUCACGAGGGGGGUCGCUGGCAUCGGAAAAACGGUCUCUACCAAUAAAUUCACUCUGGACUGGGCUGAGGGCGAAGCGAACACCAACCUGGCGUUUGUCUUUCCUCUCUCUUUUCGUGAGCUGAAUCUGAUGAGAAAGAAAACCUUCAGUCUGGUGGAGCUUCUCAGUGUCCUUUUCCCCGAAACAAAAGACACAGGAAUCUUCACUUAUGGGAGUUAUAAAAUGCUCUUCAUCCUGGACGGGCUGGACGAGAGCCGCCUGUUAUUGGACUUCCACAAAAGUGAAAUUGUUUCUGAUGUGACGCAGACCGCCAUGAUCGCGGAGCUUCUGAUCAACCUCAUCAGAGGAAGGCUGCUUCCUUUGGCUCUCGUUUGGAUAACAUCUCGCCCGGUGGCUUCCAGUCAGAUCCCUCUGGAGUACGUUGAUCUGGUGACAGAGGUGCGAGGGUUCAACAACCCCCAGAAAGACGAGUACUUCAGGAGGAAAAUCAGCGACCAGAGCUUAGCAGACAGGGUGAUCAAGCACGUGAAAUCCUGCAGGAGUCUUCACAUCAUGUGCCACAUACCAGUCUUCUGCUGGAUGGCGGCGAGCGUUCUUGAGAAGAAGGCCGACAGUAAAGACACGCCAAAGACCCUCACUCAAAUGUACAUACACUUCCUGUCCUUGUACGUGGAGGGCAUGAAGAAGAGGCUUCCCGGGAGAAGAGAGUCAAGCGCUGACUGCCUGAGAGAAAACCUCAUCUCGCUGGGUAAACUGGCCUUCAAGGAGCUGGAGAGGGGCCACCUGAUCUUCUACGAGAGCGACCUCGCCAUGAACGGUAUCAAAGUCAAGCAGGCGUCCAUGUUCUCAGGAGUCUACACACAGAUCUUCAAUGAGGAGCUGACGCUGUGCAAAGAGAAGAUGUUCUGCUUUGUGCACCUGAGCGUCCAGGAAUUCUUUGCCGCGCUCUACGUCUUCCUCACGUUCCACAAUGAAGACAACAACGUCCUGGUCAAGAAGUCAUCCGCUUCCCGACGCUUCCUGUUCAGGAGUUCAUCAGAGCUCAUCCUCUACAAAGCAGCGGUGGAGAAGGCUUUGGGGUGCCAAAAUGGACAUUAUGACAUCUUUCUGCGCUUCCUUUUGGGCCUGUCUCUGGAAUCUAAUCAGACUCUGUUGAAGCAUCUUAUGACCAGCAACAGAUCGAACCAAAGAACAAGAACGGAGAUCAUUAAACACAUAAAGGGGAGAAUCCGGGAGAGUCCGUCCCCAGACAGAUGCCUCAAUCUCUUUCACUGUCUCAAUGAGCUGAACGACCACUCUCUCGUGACGGAGAUUCAGAGCUUCCUCCACUCGGGCAAUCUCAACGAAACCAAACUUUCACCUGCCCAGUGGGCCACGCUGGUCUUUGUAUUACUGACAUCCGAGAAGGAGCUGAGUGUGUUUGACCUGAGCGACUACACCAGGUCUGAGGAGGGUCUUCUGAGGCUGCUGCCUGUCGUAAAAACAGCCAGAGUGGUAAAUCUGCGGGCGUGUAAUCUCACUGGGAGUUGCUGUGAAAACCUGGUGAACAACAUCAACCCAUCACAAGUUAGAGAGCUGGACCUGGGCAACAACAACCUGACCGAUGAAGGAAUACAAAUGCUCUCUAAUGGACUGAAGAACAGCAGACUGGAGACACUCAGACUGAGGAGCUGCAACCUGACGGAGCACAGCUCCGAGGCCCUGGCCUCCGUCAUCAGCUCAGCCUCCUGCCAGCUCAAAGAACUGGACCUCUCUGACAACGACUUUCAGGACGUAGGAGUCAAAAACCUCUGUGGUGGACUCGGGAGUCCCCACUGUAAACUGGAAAUUCUCAUCGUGUCGCUGUGCAGAGUGACGGAGGAAGGCUGCACUUUCCUGGCAUCGGCGUUGAACUCAUCCUGUCUGAGAGAGCUCGACCUGAGCUACAACCACCCAGGAGAGUCGGGUCUGCAGCUGCUGUCCGCCCUGGAGGACGACCCACAAUGCAGCCUGCAGAAAGUCAGUGUGGAUCAGUGUGAUGAAUCCAGGGUUCAGCCAGCUCCAAAGAAAUACAAAAAGACGCUCACCCUGGACCCCAACACAGCACACAGAGACCUCUCUCUGUCCGAGGGAAACAGGAAAGCGGUGCGUUGGACCAAGCAGCCGUAUCCUGAUCACCCAGAACGGUUCGAUUUCUGGAACCAGGUGUUGUGCAAGGAGGGGCUGACUGGGCGCUGCUACUGGGAGGCUGAGUGGAGUGGGAGAGCUUCCAUAGGAGUGGCCUACAAGAGGAUGUGCAGGAAGGGAGAGGGUCACGACAGCUGGUUAGGCAAGAAUGACUGUUCCUGGGGACUGAACUGCACCAAAGAUGGCUACAGGACCUGGCACAAUACCACGGACACGGCCAUAACCAUCCCAACCAGCUCCAACAAAGUAGGAGUCUAUCUGGACUGGUCAGCCGGGGAGCUGUCCUUCUUCAGGGUCUCCUGUGGGGACCUGACCCUCCUCCACACCUUCAAAACCACCUUCACUGAGCCCGUCUACCCGGGGUUUCGACUCGGCUGGGUGGACUCCAUGGUCUACUUGUGCUAGAUAUUACUGCCACCUAAACCGAAACCAGGUCACUGAAAACCCUUAUCUUAUGUAUUCACAGGAAGUUACUGGCUGCACAGCUGCAAGUGAGUUGCUGUGUUUAGAUUUGAGAUCAACUACUGUAAUACUUCAUGCUUUUAACAGUAUAUAGAACAUUACUGUAUUUCUACCAAACAGCAUUUUUCAGUUUUUUACGGUAUUUUUCAAUUUGGUCUAUUUUGGCUGUAUCUUAUUACAGUAUAAGGUGUUACAGCCUACUAUAAUAUCCACAGUUACAUCAAUAUUUUUAUUGAUGUAAUAUUACGAGACCAAGACAAGAACAGUGGAAGUUCCACACUUACAAUAAAACUGCAGAGGAACUCCUCAAAUCAAUCUGGAAUUCCCAUAAAAUCCUCCAAAGAGAACCGAUGAAGGUUCCUCCUCAUUCACCUCUUUUACUGCCACACAUACUGUUUAUGUAAAGGUGUGCAAUGAGAAAUGUCUUGAAUGAAAAAAUGUAAAGGCAUUGCAGAGGGGAAUUUUUAUGCGUAGUUAUGAUUUUAACAAAUAAAUCAGAAACAGAUUAGUGACAUCCUCGCAGUAGUGGUCCUCUUUGUCUGAGACAGAG